GAGAGACUGGUGGAAACGUUCGGCAUCAGCAUCGAGCUUCUGCGGCACCAGGCAAAGGCCCCGAGGGACGCCGAGGAUUUCGCCAGGAAGAUGCUGGAAGGCGAAUACUGGGGGGUCGGGAACGAGCACCACAAGAUGGCGUUCCGCGAGAACCUCAAGGACGAGCUGCAGAAGCAGGCGUCGCUGCUCCGGAAGGUGGAGGUGAAG